AUGGCUCGCGUCGCGCCGCUCGCGCUGGCCACGAUCCGCGACCCGCAGCUGUGGGCGCGCGAGGUGACGCUUUUCGAGCGUGCCCCGGGGUAUGGCAGCAAUGGCGUGCGCACGUCCAAGUACACGCUGGCCUCGUUCGUGCCCCGGAACCUCUUGGAGCAGUUCCGUCGCGUGGCCAACUUUUACUUUUUGAUCAUUUCGCUGCUGCAGCUGACGACGAGCUUGUCGCCGACGAACAAGUACUCGACGGUCGGACCGCUCCUGCUCGUGCUGCUCGUCACCAUGGCCAAAGAGGCCAUCGAAGACAGAGCGCGCCACGACGCCGACGCCAAGGUCAACCGCACGCGCACCAUGGCGCUGCGCAACGGGGUCUUUGCCUCGAUCGCAUGGGACGACGUGGUCGUCGGCGACGUCUUGCGCGUCUCGGAGCACGAGUGGGUACCUGCGGACGCCGUGCUGCUGCUCACGUCCGAGCAAGGGCAGAUCGCGCACGUCGAGACGUCCAACCUCGACGGCGAGACCAGCCUCAAGGUCAAGACGUGCCCGUCGUACGUCGACGUUGUCCUCGAGCGCGCCGAGCAUCUGCGCUCGGUGGUGGGCACCGUCCGCACCGAGGCGCCCCACGAGUCCCUCUACACGUUCGAGGGCGAGAUUGCGAUGACGGACAAGGCGUCACCAACCAGCGCGUCCACCACGAGCUUGCACAUGGACAACGUCGUGCUCCGGGGCACCAAGUUGGUCAACACCGAGUGGGUGGUCUGCGUCGUCGUGUACACUGGGCGCGACACGAAACUGCUCUUGAGCACGAAAGCGGCGCCGUCGAAAUUCUCCCGCGUCGACGCCAUCGCGAACCGGUGCAUCCUCCUCCUCUUCGCGCUGCUUGCGCUCGCCGUGACGCUGAGCGCGGUCGGGACCGUCUACUACGAGGCCGCGCUGCACGAGCACACGUACCUUCAGAGUCCGUCGCCAACGUCGUUUGUGACCGCCUGGGUUACGCACCUCAUCUUGUACAACAAUUUGGUUCCGAUUUCGCUCUAUAUUAGCUUGGAAGUGGUCAAGUGGCACCAAGCCCGGCGUAUGGAGCGGGACCCUAACUUGACGAUCGAUGGCGUGCCGACGCGCGUGCGGACGACCAAUCUCAACGAAGACGUCGGGCAAGUGAGCUACGUCUUUAGCGACAAGACGGGCACGCUCACCAAGAACGAGAUGGCUUUUCGCAUCUGCAGCAUCCACGGUGCCAUCUACACUGCUCGCCAUCGGUAUAAGACACUCUAUAACUAUUUUUGUACAAAGACUAUAUAA